AUGGCUUUUACAUUGUCCACCACAAAGACCUUCACCAACAUAAACUGCUCAAACAUAACCAGCUUUAAGCCCCCCAAGCUCCCUCUGUUUUGGCCAUGGCAAAAGGUCAAAAUGGGUCCUAUGAGUGUUUCUCCGAUGGGUUUUGGGACAUGGGCUUGGGGCAAUCAGCUUCUUUGGGGUUACCAGACCUCCAUGGACGAUCAGCUUCAACAAGCUUUCGAAUUGGCUUUGCAAAACGGUAUCAAUUUGUUCGAUACCGCUGAUUCUUAUGGCACUGGUAGGCUUAAUGGCCAAAGUGAGAGACUUUUGGGCAAAUUCAUCACACAAUCAUCUCAGGGCCUAAAAGGGAAUCGAAACGAAGUUGUGAUAGCUACAAAGUUCGCAGCUUAUCCAUGGCGGUUAACUUCAGGACAGUUUGUGAAUGCUUGCAGAGCUUCGUUAGACCGGCUUCAGAUAGAUCAGCUCGGGAUCGGACAGCUUCACUGGUCAACCGCAAAUUACGCGCCUCUACAAGAGUUUGCUCUUUGGGAUGGUCUAGUGGCAAUGUACGAAAAGGGGCUAGUUCGANCGGUUGGAGUCAGUAACUAUGGACCUCAACAGCUUGUGAAGAUUCAUGAUUACCUCACAACCCGAGGAGUUCCUUUAUGCUCUGCUCAGGUGCAAUUCUCAUUGCUAAGCAUGGGAAAGGAGCAACUAGAGAUAAAGAGUGUAUGCGACGAGCUAGGAAUUCGCUUAAUCUCUUAUAGUCCUCUUGGUCUAGGAAUGCUAACCGGGAAAUAUUCCUCUUCAAAACUCCCCGCUGGUCCUCGAUCAUUGCUGUUUCGGCAAAUUCUUCCUGGACUAGAGCCUCUGCUUUUAGCACUGAGAGAGAUUUCAGAGAAACGACGAAAGACUAUACCUCAGGUUGCAAUAAACUGGUGUAUAUGUAAAGGGACAGUGCCGAUACCGGGUAUAAAGUCGGUUAGACAUGUUGAGGAUAAUUUGGGUGCCUUGGGAUGGAGACUUACAAAUGAUGAACAGCUUCAGUUAGAAUAUGCAGCUGAAGAAUCGCCGAGGUCGGUUCUCUUCGUUGCCAAUCCUUCGUCUCCAUCUUCAGUAACUUCUUCCGAUCGCCGACGGAAAUCGCCGUGGUCUCGUCGGAAAAGAAAAUGGGCGUUAAAGCCGCAUCAAUGGAGGAGCUUAUUUACACCGGAGGGUAAACUUCGUGAUGGUGGAGUUGGAUUUCUCAAGAAAGUUAGAAGCAGAGGAGUUGAUCCAAGUAUUCGUGCAGAGGUGUGGCUGUUCUUGCUCGGAGUAUAUGAUUUGAGCAGUACCAGUGAAGAAAGGGAAGCUGUGAAAACUCAAAAAAGGAAGGAGUAUGAGAAACUACAGAGACGGUGCCAGAUGCUUCUCAAAUGCGGAAAUGGAAGUACCGAUAAUCUUGAGGAGGAACUCAUCUCUGAGGAGGCAAACGGUCAAUGUGUUAGUUUCAUGGAUGAUUAUAAGACUAUCGGACAAACGAGGAAUGAAGAUGUGGUCUCUGCUGUGAACACUGACUCUUCUGAUACAGACUCAUGUGAAGACAAUGAAGAUGUUCAACUACUUCCAUCUUUUCUGUACAGCGAUGAGAAAAAACCGAAAGAGGAAAACAGUAACAACAAUUCUGAAGACAAUAUUUCUCCUCCUGUAGCUGCUGCUGAGAUACAAGUAGAAGUCGCUGUACACGAAGAUUUCUCUACAUGGCAACGUAUCAUCCGGCUUGAUGCAUUGCGCGCUGAUUCUGAGUGGGCAACUUACUCUUCAUCUAAAACUGCAAUCACGGAAAGCAAAGCUCGCAGUUUAGCCGAGUUUGUGGGUUUAAAAGACUAUGAUCACUUAGAAAGCUGUAGGCUUUACCACGCUGCACGGCUCGUUGCAAUUCUUGAAGCUUAUGCUCUGUAUGAUCCCGAGAUAGGCUACUGCCAAGGAAUGAGCGAUCUGUUAUCUCCCAUCAUUGCUGUGAUCUCAGAGGAUCACGAGGCGUUCUGGUGCUUUGUGGGUUUCAUGAAGAAAGCUCGGCAUAAUUUCAGGCUCGACGAAGCAGGGAUUCAAAGGCAGCUAAGUAUUGUAUCAAGGAUCAUCAAAUGCAAAGACUCUCAGCUUUACAAACACUUGGAGAAUCUCCAAGCCGAGGAUUGUAGUUUCGUUUACAGGAUGGUGCUUGUGAUGUUUAGGAGGGAGUUGAGCUUUGAACAGACGCUUUGUCUCUGGGAAGUGAUGUGGGCUGAUCAAGCAGCCAUUAGAGCUGGAGUUGGGAAAUCGCCAUGGAGCAGAAUCCGGCAACAAGCGCCACCAACAGAUGAUCUGUUGCUCUAUGCAAUCGCGGCAUUAGUACUACGUAGGAAACUGAUCAUACAGAAAUACAGUAGUAUGGAUGAGAUUGUGGAAGAGUGUAAUAGCAUGGCUGGGCAGCUUGAUGUCUGGAAGAUUCUUGAUGAUGCGCAUCAGCUUGUCGUGACACUCCAUGACAAGAUCGAAACUCUUUCUUCUCAAUCUCUGAGCAUUUGA